CCUGACUCCACGCCCACUUCCGGAAGUGACGCGUGGUGGGGUUGCCGGAAGAAGUGGCGAAGUUACUUUUGAGGGGACCCGAGUCGCGGCGCCGUGCCAGCAGAUACGGAGGCAGCAGAAGAGAAGCAGAACAAGGGGACGAAAGCAGCUCGUGCCGCCCCGGCUGUUUCCCGGGCAACAAGAGUAGGAGACCCCCCCUCCAAGAGGCCGCCCACGAGACCCUCGCGCGCAGCCAUGAGCCCCGCCCCCCACUGGUGUUCGGAGAGGGGCGGGACCUGGAGAGAGGCUGCUCCGUGACCCCACCAUGUCCACCCCCACCACGAGUUCCCUGGACACCCCCUUGCCUGGUGGAAAUGGUCCCCUUCAGCCCAGCACUCUGUCGUCUUCAUCCGAUGGAAAGAAGGAUGGCCCUGAGCCAUUGCCCGGAGGGGCGGACCCUGAUGUCCCGAGCACUGACGGGGCCGGCUCAGCCUCCGUUGUGGGUGAGAUGGCGCCCAGGCACACCGACUGGGUCAUCCUAGACCCAGCAGAGGAGCCGGAGCGAAAGCGAAAGAAGGGCCCGGCUCCAAAGAUGCUGGGCGAUGAGCUGUGCCAAGUGUGCGGGGACACGGCCUCCGGCUUCCACUACAAUGUGCUCAGCUGCGAAGGCUGCAAGGGCUUCUUCCGGCGAAGUGUGAUCCGAGGCGGGGCUGGGCGCUAUGCCUGCCGGGGCGGCGGAACCUGCCAGAUGGAUGCCUUCAUGCGGCGCAAGUGCCAGCAGUGCCGGCUGAGAAAGUGCAAGGAGGCUGGAAUGAGGGAGCAGUGCGUCCUCUCCAAAGAGCAGAUACGGAAGAAGAAGAUUCGGAAGCAGCAGCAACAGCAGCAGCAGCAGCAGUCAUCACCCACAGCGCCCGGAGUCAGCAGCGGCUCGGCUUCUGGGCCAGCGGCCUCCCCUGGAGGGUCCGACGGGGGUGGCCAGGGCUCUGGGGAAGGCGAGGGCAUCCAGUUAACAGCCGCGCAGGAACUGAUGAUCCAGCAGUUGGUGGCGGCCCAGCUGCAGUGCAAUAAACGCUCCUUCUCGGACCAGCCCAAAGUCACGCCCUGGCCCCUGGGCGCAGACCCCCAGUCCCGAGAUGCUCGCCAGCAGCGUUUCGCCCACUUCACGGAGCUGGCCAUCAUCUCAGUUCAGGAGAUCGUGGACUUUGCCAAGCAGGUGCCUGGCUUCCUGCAGCUGGGUCGUGAGGACCAGAUCGCCCUCCUGAAGGCAUCCACCAUCGAGAUCAUGCUGCUGGAGACGGCCAGACGCUACAACCACGAGACAGAGUGCAUCACUUUCCUGAAAGACUUCACCUACAGCAAGGAUGACUUCCACCGCGCAGGCCUGCAGGUGGAGUUCAUCAACCCCAUCUUCGAGUUCUCGCGGGCCAUGCGGCGCCUGGGCCUGGACGACGCCGAGUACGCCCUACUCAUCGCCAUCAACAUCUUCUCGGCCGACCGGCCCAACGUGCAGGAGCCCAGCCGGGUGGAGGCCCUGCAGCAGCCCUAUGUGGACGCGCUGCUUUCCUACACCCGCAUCAAGAGGCCCCAGGACCAGCUGCGCUUCCCGCGAAUGCUGAUGAAGCUCGUAAGCCUGCGCACGCUCAGCUCUGUGCACUCCGAGCAGGUCUUCGCCCUGCGGCUGCAGGACAAGAAGCUGCCGCCUUUGCUGUCCGAGAUCUGGGACGUCCACGAAUGAGGGGCUGCCCACCCCGCCCCCCCACCCUCCAGUGAAUGCACACCGGGGUGGGAAAGGGCGGCAUGGGCCUGGGGUCCGCCUUGUGGCUGAAGCAGCGCUCAGGAUGAGCCCCAGUCAGGGUCCAGGAGCCUCCCUUCCUA